AUGCGUGUCUCGGCUACUAUACUCUCUGUCAUCUUCGCAGCCUCCUCUGCUGUUGCUCUGGGGGACUAUGAACUUAACCUGUGGGAAGGCGCGCACUGCGACGGUCGUAAUGACGCCUCCUUGAUUGCCAAUACGCCCCAGGGCUGUACGAACCAGAAUGUCGAUUUCUAUUCUUUCAAUGGAAAGGGCGGUGGCUGGAACAUUUACGUCUAUGAUCGCAAAGACUGCCAGGGCAGCUCUUAUGGCGUGCCGACAAAUGGUGACUGCGUGAUGGCCGCUCAGUUUAUAAGCCACCCGACUUUCAAGUCCUUUAAGGUCGGUUCUAUCGAUAACAUGAUAACAUAA